GGAGGCUUAUUGGCCAUCCUGGGCGUCCAGCGGCAGUUGGUUGGUCUUGCUGUCUGGUUUUCUUUGCCGAAAUGGGUGGCUACUGGGCCCGUCUCAGGUGCCAAGAGGGAGAAGCUGCCAAGCUCCCUGAAGAUCCAGAGAAGGAUCAGACUGGUGUUCCUGAGAACCCCAGCCCUGUCCCCCCUCCUCCUCCCCCCACCCACCGACCCCAAUCCCUACCUCCCCACCCCACCUCCCCCCUAUGCUCCUCACUCCCCCUCCCAGUCUCCCCCUCCCUCCCUCUUCUUCUAAUGGAAGAAACAUCACCCCCAGUCCGAUCCCAUCCCAUCCCUGACCUCUCCACCGACCUCUCCACUGUACUAGUCCUGCCCCAGAAGACCCCCUCCACGGCAUCCUCUUUUAGCACCCAGGCUACCGUGGCAAUAGACCUCUUGAGUGACCUCCAGGUCCAGUACACAGAGAAGCAAAAGAGGAUCAAGCGUCUCUCCGAGAUUUUCAUGGCCUCUUUGGGAACCCUGCACUGGCAGGUCAUCUACACCAAGAGGAGGAUCGAAGCGGCUGAAGAGCGGCUGUGGAGGGAAAGAGCAGCAGGUCAUCUCCAGCAAAGCUCUGAUGGUGAUGCUGGUUCUCCUGCUGCUGAUGAUGAUGCCUGCUCCUCUUCAUCCCCCCAGCCCCUGCCUGGGCCUGUCUCCCUGCCCUCCCUCUCCCCCACCAGCUCCCCCACUCCCCUCCACCUGCAUCCCCUCCUCACCCCUCCUCCUUCCCCUCCUCUUCUGGAUCCGGAUCGCCACAACCUUCAUGAAGUCCUGGAGGCAAUGAUGGCAAUCCAGAUUCACGAGCUGCGGGAGAGCGAGAAAGACCUUGCCAGCAUCAAGGAGGCACAGAGUACAGUCAAGGGGCUGAGGCGGCAGCUGACGAAGCUAAGGAGCCGGCUCUGCAGCGUGGAGGAGAAAGUGGACAUUCGGGUCAGGAAAAGCCAGCUGGACCGUGGUCGAGGAGGAGGAGAAGGCGGAGGGGGGGGAGAUGGGCUUGAUCAGGAGAGUUAGGAGCCACAAUGUACUUAUUUCUUUGUUUAGCCUGUAUUUUUAACAUAGAUCUUUUUGAUUGGCAUUUGAU